UUUUUUAUUAAAACAAAACCCACCAAGGUUACGAUGGAAAGAGUUGGGCGUAAAUACCAUAUAAAACCGACGUUGGAAUGAUGAACGCGUUCAGUGACUCACGGAGUCUCAUUUUACUUAAACCCCCCCAAAAAAAAUCGUUAAUAUAAAUUACUUGUUUAGUGAAAAGUGUUUAUGUGAAAAUUUGUGAUAACAUGAUUUAUAAAUCGAAUCACGUAAUCCUUUCCUUAAUAUUCCUUCACCAAACUUAUUCGGCAACAUUAUCGGACGUUUUAACAUUAAACACCGACCCAUCAUCGUCAUCUCGUGUCGCAAGAGAUAACAAAUACUAUUCAAACCGUCAACAACAACCAAAUCAACACCACCAACAACCGAUCGAUAAUCAAAGAGAUGCGACGACGACGACAAGGGUGUUAAAGCCGGAAGAAUCACCAGAAGCUCGUGAUUAUCACCAAGAAACUUCAAUCGGAAAACGUUGUUCUCGAUGUGGCGAGGACGGACGUUCCGAUUAUUAUCGAACCUCUUCGCUUAACUCUCCCAGAAAGGAUUACUAUAACCGAUAUCAAGAUCCGUAUGAAACGACCCGGAGUCGAUACGACGACCGAUACGACAUUUACGAUCGAAAUUACGAUCCGAAUGAUUAUUACGAUUAUUAUGACCGUGAUGGUUAUAGAAGACCAUCAUCGUAUUCAGGAUAUAGUUCCGGUUAUUCUACGGGAAGGGAUUUGUAUGAAAGAGAUCGUUAUGAACCAAGAGAUACCAGAUAUUAUUCUAGAGAUAAUAGAAACAAUUACGACCGUUCUUAUGAUCGAGGUUAUGAUAGAUCUUAUGAUCGAGGAAUUGGUUACGACAAUAUAGGUUAUGAUUAUCGCGGUUAUGAUAGAAGCAAUUACGAUCGAAAUGGUUAUGAUCGUAAUAGUUACGAUAGAAGUGGUGGCGGUUAUGAUAGAUAUCGGCCUUAUGAUGAAACUUAUCGUGGAACUUCCGGUUUUGAUACUUCUGGAAGAGGUUAUUAUUAUAAUAGACCGGAAGGUGGACGAUUUGGUGUUUAUGCUAGUUCAUGGGGUUAUGGAAGAGAUGAUAGAGAUAGAUACAGGGACCCAGGGUGAGUUCUUUUCCUUGGUUUAGUUAUUUAAUGUUAUUUAGGAACAUCUUAAUUAAACCGACACGGACUUUAAGGGGGAAGGUGUGGAUCCUAAAUCCUUUAAGAUCCUAUAUUGCGACACUAUUCAACGUAAUAACGUCAUUAACCUGGAUUAUCUCGUACGAUAUAACCCGGAAUAUGUUGAGAUAACAAGAUAGGUUUUGUGUGUAUAGCGCGUUCUUAAUGUUUUUGGGCGGAAUUUAAUCGAGUUCGAAAUACCAAAACCUACAUAUACAAAAUUAAAAAAGAAAGGGAGAUUAUUUAAAAAAUAUUGCUUUAAAAAAUCGGUUGACUCUGCUAGAUAUAAAGCCAUAACAACCAUAAUCUCAAAAAUUGACCUUUAACUAAAACUCCAAAUCGAAGGAGAACAAUUUAAUACAUAAAAAUUGUUUAUUAUAAAGCAAAAAAACAUGAUCCAUAACCAUUUCUAUAGUUAAAUAUUAGUUUUUGUUAAAUACACAGCCAUAAAAUCCAAAAUCUCAAAAUUUGACGAUUUGUAGUUAAAUUUGGAUCUAACUCAAGAACCAAAAUCGAUGGAGACCAGGUUUAUGCAUAAAAUCGAUUCAUAAUGAAGCAAAAAGAUAUAAUCUAUAACCAAUUCAAGAUUAAUUAGUGCUAUUUGCUAGAUAUGAAGCCAUAAAUCCCAAAAUCCUAAAUAUUUGGUAGUUGUUUGUUAAAGUUGCUUACAAUUCAAAAACUGAAAUUGAAGGAAAGUAACAUUGUGAAUAAAAAUUAUUCGUAAUAAUGCAAAAGACCAUAAUCCAUAACAAAUUCAAUUUUAGUUGUUACCAUUAGCUAAAUAUAAAGCCAUAGACCUAAAAAUGUUAAAAAUUCACGUUUUGGUUACCAAAAGUAGUUAUAAUUCAAAAACUAAAAUCGAAGGAGAAUAACUUUAUACACUAAAAUUAUUCAUAACAAAGCAAAAAAUCAGAAUCCAUAAUCAGUUUAUAGUUAGCUACUAUUAUAUGUUAGAUACAAAGCUAUAAAUCAUAAAAUGUCAAAAAUUGACGAUUUAUAGUUAAAAUUGGAUCUAACUCAAGAACCAAAAUCGAUGGGGUCGAGGUUUAUGCAUAAAAUCGAUUCAUAAUGAAGCAAAAAGAUAUAAUCUAUAACCAAUUCAAGAUUAAUUAGUACUAUUUGCUAGAUAUGAAGCCAUAAAUCCCAAAAUCCUAAAUAUUUGGUAGUUAUUUGUUAAAGUUGCUUACAAUUCAAAAACUGAAAUUGAAGGAAAGUAACAUUGUGAAUAAAAAUUAUUCGUAAUAAUGCAAAAGACCAUAAUCCAUAACAAAUUCAAUUUUAGUUGUUACCAUUAGCUAAAUAUAAAGCCAUAGACCUAAAAAUGUUAAAAAUUCACGUUUUGGUUACCAAAAGUAGUUAUAAUUCAAAAACUAAAAUCGAAGGAGAAUAACUUUAUACACUAAAAUUAUUCAUAAUAAAGCAAAAAAUCAGAAUCCAUAAUCAGUUUAUAGUUAGCUACUAUUAUAUGUUAGAUACAAAGCCAUAAAUCAUAAAAUGUUAAAAAUUGACGAUUUAUAGUUAAAAUUGGAUCUAACUCAAGAACCAAAAUCGAUGGAGAACAGGUUUAUGCAUAAAAUCGAUUCAUAAUGAAGCAAAAAGAUAUAAUCUAUAACCAAUUCAAGAUUAAUUAGUACUAUUUGCUAGAUAUGAAGCCAUAAAUCCCAAAAUCCUAAAUAUUUGGUAGUUAUUUGUUAAAGUUGCUUACAAUUCAAAAACUGAAAUUGAAGGAAAGUAACAUUGUGAAUAAAAAUUAUUCGUAAUAAUGCAAAAGACCAUAAUCCAUAACAAAUUCAAUUUUAGUUGUUACCAUUAGCUAAAUAUAAAGCCAUAGACCUAAAAAUGUUAAAAAUUCACGUUUUGGUUACCAAAAGUAGUUAUAAUUCAAAAACUAAAAUCGAAGGAGAAUAACUUUAUACACUAAAAUUAUUCAUAAUAAAGCAAAAAAUCAGAAUCCAUAA